ACAGUGCUGAGGCUAUUGCCACAGAUAUAAUAUGAAUAUGAUUACUUGUUAUCCACCUUAACCGCUCUGCCCCGCUGGUUAGUGUCAGCAGUGGGAUCAGACCACAUUCCCAGCUGCCAACCCAGACCCAGGACCCUGACCUGAUGGAAACUCUCUUCUGUUGCCUGCAUUUUGCCUUUUGAGAGGAGCUGGGUGGACAUCUGGAUGGGCGGUCCCUGAUUUUGGCAAUGUCUACCAUGUCUCAGGGGUUAUCGACCUGCCGUUCACUGAAAUCCAGGAGCCCUUUGAAGCCUGGUACGACCUGAUGGGAGAGAAGAGCCGGAUCCAGUACUACCACUGGCAAGUGGUCACCUUCCAGUAUGGGACAGAGAGGCCAUUUGGUGCCCUCUACAAGAUCACCCCAGAGACCACUGAGCUAGAGCUGAACGUCCGGAAGUGCUUCCGGAUCAGCGGCAGACCCGGGAAGCGCGUCUAUCCACAGAGCGUCCUCCCCAGGCUGGACGGCUUCAAGCCCGUGCGGGAGGAGUUCUACAAAGGGCAGCUCUGCACCGUGUGGCAGAACGUGUCCUACUGGGGCCAGAAGAACAUCUACACCUUGUGGGUGGCUAGCUCCGCUGACGGCCCCGUGCCCGUCCUCUACGAGAUGCAGGGCUUCAAGAGCCUGCUAGGCUCCCACUACGACAAGUGCAAGCUAGACUACAGUGGUUUCACCCACAGCUACCCACCCAGGGUCUUGGACCUCCCAAGCAACAUGGAGUGUGAGUUUCCUCCGGGAGACGGAGUGGAGCAUCAUAUCCUCGCCAACCCCAUGGGGGAUUUCAUGGGCAGGCAGGCGGAUCGAGGCCAUCAGCUGUUCCAUCACUACCGGCGGGAGUGCAGGAAGGAGUACGGCAGCGGGAAGGAGCUCGAGCGCAGGGCACAGACCUUCGUUCACAACAUGAGGUAUGUCCACUCCAAGAAUCGAGCCCAUCUGCCCUACAAGCUGGCACUGAACCACCUGGCCAACCGCACCUCUGAGGAGUUGGCCGUGUUGCGGGGGAGGCUGCAGGAGCAAACUCCCAACAAUGGGCAGCCGUUCCCACUGGCACAGUAUGCUGGCAUCAUCCUGCCUGAGAACCUGGCCUGGAGGCUGUACGGUGCGGUGACCCCAGUGAAGGACCAGGCUCUGUGCGGCUCCUGCUGGAGCUUUGCUGCUACAGGAGGAUUAGAAGGUGCCCUGUUCCUCAAGAAUGGAUACUGCCACUACAACUCGUCUGAGCUCCUCACCAACAUCACGGGCUACGUCAACGUCCCGGCCGGCGACAUCACCGCCCUGAGAGCCGCCAUCUUCAAGAACGGCCCUGUAGUCGUCAGCAUCGACGCCUCCACCAAGUCGUUCAUAUUUUACUCCAACGGUGUCUACUAUGAACCCCAGUGUGUAAAGAAGGUGACAUGGGAUCUGCUGGUGAAGGUGGCUCCUUCUCCCCUGUGCAUGCUGAAAUGUAGACUUGCUAUGUCUCCAGCCCCAGGACCCUGUUUACUACUUACAUGUACAUUGAGGAAAUGCCAGCGGCAGCUGAAACCAUGCGGUGCUGGCCAUGGGCUACGGGGUCCUGCAAGGGGAGAGCUAUUGGCUCAUCAAAAACUCCUGGUCCACCUGCUGGGAUAACGACAGCUACAUCCUCAUGUCCGUGCAGGACAACAACUGCGGGGUGGCGAUGGCUGCAACGUACCCCAUCCUGGCAUGAUCUCCAGCCGCUCCUGGGUCAGAGGGAAGCGAGCUGGCUUUGGGAUGCUGGUUCUUAGCAGCCUGCCGGGCCUGCAUGUUAUCUGUGCUUGGCUUGUGCUCUGGACGGGAUCAAGCUAUGUGCUUUAGUGCCUGACCCUGCAUGGCCUAGGCUCUUGCUUGUUCAUGCUGAUUGCCCUGAAAUCUCCGGGAAGCCAAAUGGAAGCUCAGGGCAACUAGGGCCUCCUGAGGCUGCAUCUGCAGGGUCAGCCCCUCUAGCUGGAGCUGAUUUCAGCCCAGCCCAGGUAGGCAGACCCGAGCGGAUUUUGAUCUAGCUAGACGCAGUCUCCUCUAGCCUUGAUCUAGCGAGAUCAAAGCUGGCUUGAGCAACAACGCCAGUGUAGCCACUUAGUGCCAGGGGCCAGCCUCCUGAGUACCCUCCCUGGGUCCCAACUCCAGCAGCUAGCCUAUGAUGCCGCCCACACUGCUGCUGUUACUCAAGCUGGCUUUGAUCUCACUAGAUCAAAGCCAGCUGGGCUCUGCCUACAGGUGUGGCAAGCUCACCUCCUGAUUGCAGCACCCACAUGCUAAGAGCCCUUUGUGGAACUUUGGGAAGCUUUAGGUAGCUAGCAUCCCUGACACCGGAGAAGUCAGACCAGCUGCUGCGGGCGGGGGGAGCCCUAGCUCCGGCUGGGAACUGAAAGGAGGGGUUCUCUGUGUGGUGCUCCGGCCCUUCUUCCCCUCUCUCCCUGUAGCUGGCUAGCAGUCUGGUGAGUUACAGUAACUAGGGCAACUCCCAGGCCUGCAGCUGGCAAAGAGAAAAAGCUGAUGCGACUGAUUCUGGCCCUGUCAAUAAACUCGCUGGUAAAGGCACAAAGUA